GACUUGAACUGCGGUGUACUUAUUGAAAAAAAUUAAUUCAACGACACAAUCGCUCUACUAUUUCCAUUUUAUUAUACAUUGAAGUGCAAUCACAGGGAGUCCGAGUGUUUGACUGGCGAUAAUUUUGGACGGGUGUUCAGAUUAACUGAAUAAACAUGUUUAAGAAACCAGGGGGUUACCCAGCUAAUCGUUCGAGCGAGUCAGAGAUCUGUGGCAGUAAUAAGCAUACAACUUAUACGGCUAAAUUUACUAGGCCGAUUAGCAAGCAAGUGGAACCGGUGAAGUCAACGAAUCACACUCAGGAGGCUUCUGUCCUCAAUAAUGCUUUCGAAAAUGUAGCUCCUACUCCAUCUGUUCAUGACGAUGAACUGAUAAAAUUUGUACAGGCGUUGGAACUGAGUAAAGAAGCGAAAAGAAAUGAGGGGUUAAAAAAGCCGAAGGUGUUCCGCACGGAAAACGUGCCUCAUGAAAUUCUUGAACACAAACGUUCUCUGCCGAUAUACUCAGUCAGAGAUGAUCUGCUCGAACUCAUCGAAAACAAUCAGUUCGUCAUUGUUGUGGGUGAAACCGGUUCCGGAAAAUCCAGCCAAAUUCCACAAUAUCUAGCCGAAGCUGGAUUAAACAGUGAUGGACUCACGAUCGGCAUUACACAGCCCCGUCGUGUUGCAGCAAAGUCUCUUGCCGAACGAGUUGCAAUGGAAUUGGGCGUUAAGCUGGGUACGUCAGUUGGAUUUGCCGUUCGGUUUGAGAGUUGCAUAUCGUCGAAAACGAUACUAAAGUACAUGACUGAUGGAUUAUUGGUGAAGGACUGCAUUCAAGCGGAACCGAAUCUUGAUUCGUAUUCAGUGAUUAUGAUCGACGAGGCGCACGAACGAAGCAUACAUACGGAUGUUUGUUUCGGCCUGCUAAAGAGGAUCGCAAUAAAACGUCCCAAUCUAAAGGUCAUCAUAAGUUCAGCAACGUUAGAAGAUGAAAAGUUUUCGAAAUUUUUCGAUGAUGCGCCAGUUUUUAAAGUGGCUGGGAAGAGCUAUGACGUCGACGUGAUCUACGAGCCGAGUUUUAACUAUAUGCAAAGCAUAACCAACACUAUUCUAAAACUGCAUCAAGGAACGAAUAGCGGAGACAUUUUGGUUUUUCUGACAGGACAGGACGAAAUUGAAACAGUGUUCGAUUCACUGGAACACCAUUCAACAAAGACCCGAAAUUCAUUGGAAAUGAUUAUUGUGCCGUGUUAUGGUACGUUACCAUUCGAGAAGCAACAAAAAAUUUUCGAUGUUACCCCUCCUGGAUAUCGCAAGAUUGUAUUAGCUACAAAUGUUGCCGAAACUUCCGUAACUAUUGACGGAAUAGUGUUUGUCAUCGACUGUGGCUACGUAAAAGAGAGGCGAUACAAUUACUCGACAAAGAUCGAAACGUUGGUGAAAGUUCCGAUUACGAAAUUCCAAGCCAUUCAACGGCAAGGUCGAGCCGGGCGAACGCAGCCCGGAAAGUGUUAUCGCUUAUACUCCGAAGAAAUGUACAACCGAUUCAAAGAUGCACCAGUACCGGACAUUCAGCGUUCUAAUGUCGAAUCGGUCGUAUUGGACUUGCUUGCAAUGGGUGUCACAAACCCAUUAAAAUUUGACUUCGUCGAUCCUCCCGCAACAGACGCUAUUGGAGAGGCAUUGAUCUCUCUCAAAGAUCUGUCUGCUGUGGACGAUAAAUUGUCCAUAACUCCGUUGGGCCGACAAAUGUCUUACUAUCCAUUGGAUCCUCCGUUAGCGAAAGUACUCAUUGCGUCGGCGGACCUAGGUUGUUCCAAAGAAGUUUUGAAAAUCGUGUCACUAUUGAGCACCCAGCAUCAACAUUUGUUUAUACGCAAGAAGAGGAAUGACGACAUUGUCUUCAGUAAGAGACAGCGUUUUCAUGCUGUAGAAGGCGACCACCUAACCUUUCUGAAAAUUUACGACGAAUGGGUGAACAAUAAGAAGAGCGAAGAUUGGUGUGAGCAGAAUUUCAUUCAGUUCAGAUUUCUUGCCGAAGCCGAAGAAAUUAGAGAUCAAUUGAAGAACAUUAUGAUUGAUAACCGGCUGCUAACGAAGAAGGGCGACGAAAUGUCAACGUGCAAACUGCAUCAACUCCGUGAAAAUAUUUGCAAAGCAUUCACUGCCGGCUACUUCUUUCAACUUGCCAGGAAGCGCUCAACGUAUGCCUACGAAAAGCUGAGCUCUAGUGGCGAGCGUAAAGAUCUCUUUUUGCAUCCAUCCAGUUCGCUCUUCAAGAAGCAACCGUUACCAGAGUGGGUAAUAUUUCAUGAAGUGAUGGAAACUUCGAAAGCUUUUAUGGUUGGUGUGGUCGAAACGAAAUGGCAAUGGAUUAAGGAAUAUUCGCCGGCGUUUUUCGCACAGUUACAGAAGAACUAUCCGCAGUACUUUUGAGCGUCGGAUUUUAUUAUGUUUCUUCUUCCGUUUUCGUAUUUGAAAUACAGAAUUUUAACAAUUUUCAAUAAACU